AGUUAAUGUGUGGACUCUGACGUGGAAAGACGCAUGUCGUGCGCUAGUGCACACCUACCUAGUUGCUAGGUCUCUGGAUUACUUAUAUGAAGCACCGAAGUGACAUUUCCAGUUCGAUCCGUUACUGAACGAAGUUCGUUAUAUUUUAGUGAAGAUUCUGCCGCCAUGGCAUUGAUGGCGACCUCCCCUGACCUCCUGUCGGAGUCUUGGCUCUCCCCGACGCCCAUGCCCCACCACGCCCUGCCAGAGGACAUCUGGAGCAAGUUCGACAUCGACCACGACCGCGCCCUGGCCCUCGCCAACCCCGAGGCGAUGCUGGAGCACCACAGCAUGAGCGGCUUCUCCCCCGUCAUGGGCUUCACCUCCACGGCCUCCGCCAGCGCCGCCUUCCACCAGGACCUGGCCACCCUGCCCACGCCCCCCCACUCACCCCCCACAGAGCACGACCUGGACGACCUCGUGGCCUCCAUCCCCGAGAUCCUGGAGUCCCCCUCGGCCACGCCUCCUUCAGAUAUCAGCGACAUCCUGUCCGACCUGGAGGGCAUGGAGACCGCGCCCCUGGGAGCCGAGACCAGCAUGGACUGGUCGGCCGGCUGCCCCUCGUGGUGGACGCCGCCCAUGGCGCCCGUGCCCGAGGAGUCCGUGAAGCGAGACAUCAUGUGGGGCGGCGGUGGCUGCUGCACCUCGCUACUGGAGGUGGCGCCGAGGAAGGACCGCCAAGUGUCCGAGUGCUCGGCCGACGCCGCCCUCAGGGACGCCCUUCGCCCGGACGAGAUCUCCGAGGACGACGAGGAGGACUCCGAGGACAACCUGCCCGACACGCCCUCCGGCACCGACAGCGACUGCGACAUCGACGAGUCCAUGAGCGAGACGUCGAGUCCCUCCGGCAGCCCCAGGAGCACCAACAGCGCCUCCCGCUACAACGCCAAGAGCUCCUUCCGCAGCAGCUCCAGCAGCGCCUCCUCCUCCGCCUCCUCCUCCUCCUCCAGCAGCAGCAUCGAGCACAACGAGCACAACUACUGCGGCAGAGUCCCCGCCCCUGAAAACCACACGAUGCCCGGGAUCCUCACGCCCUCAGACACUGAAGACGAAGUGGACGUGGUCUCCUGCAACGACCAGGCAGAGGCGGCCUCCCCGCUGAGCGCCUCCGCCAGCGCCACCAGCGCCUCCCGCUCCCCCUCCCCCCGGUGCCAGGCGCCGUCCAAGCGCUCCGUAGACGUGAAACGACAGCUGCAGAUGGCCAUCCAGGAGGCCAUGAGGAACCGCCAGUGCCGUUCCGCCGGGGCCACCUACGUCGAGGGCGAGGAGGCCGCUACCGCCACCGCCGCCACCGCCACCACCGGCAGCAGAUUCGUGUCCGUCAAGAUCAAGACUCAGGGAAAGCCCGCCGCCUACACCAAGCGCAUGAGGGACUACCACUCGGAGGUGAUGAAAACCACCAAACACCGACGGAGGAACAGAGUGGAGUCUGACGAAGGCCGCCGCUCCGUACACAACUCCCUCGAGAGACAAAGAAGAGUGGACCUACGCAACGCCUUCGAAUACCUCCGCCUGCUCGUACCUGAAACCAAGAUCCUGGAGAAGGCGCCGAAGGUACAGAUCCUCAAGAAGGCGGCCGUCUAUUGCAAACAGCUCCAGCACACGGAAGAGCGCCUCCUGAGAGAAAAGGAGAAGUUGAAAAAACAGAUGCAAUUUCUGCAACAGAGGAAGGCGGCGCACAGCAGCUGAGACUGGCGUGUCCGACCUUCCCCUUCUGUACAGUUAGUUGUAAGGUUACGUGGAUAAAUUGUAAAUACUGAUCAAGGGAGCAUUUUAAAUUUACAGUUUACAAUUUUUAUAUAAACAGCCUUUAUUGUAUAUGUGUGAUAAUUUGAGUGCCUAUCAUUUUUUGCUAGUGUUGCACUUGAUUAAAGGGUAAGUUCCUCUUUGUAUUUAAGGUUGUCACAGUUUUGAGUGGCUCUGCAUGUCUUUUUUUUAUAUAUUAUAUAUAAUCGACGGUGAUUACUAUUGAUACGUUAGGAGAGAGAGAGAAAAAAAAAAGACAUAGAUGAGUGAAUGUAGAGUAUACAAUACUUAAAGCACAACAAAAAAAGAAGACGUUUUAUUUCCACAUGCUUCCGAGGACAAAAUUUUUUUGGUAUUAUUAUCAUUUAAUCUUUUGGUGUGUGUAUGAGGCGAAAUUUAGCGGGGGCGGGGAGGGGGGGUUAAAAUUUUAUAUGGCUUUCAUUAUCGUCUUUUUUUGUAUGUGUAAAAAUUGCAGUUCGCAGAGACCUGACUUAAUUAAGGAAGUAGUAAUAAUAAUUCUUUUUUUCUUCUUUAUAACUGCUAAUUCAGGUUCGAUACCAAAGUAUAUAUGCGACUAAACACCCAUCUGAAAUGUAUCCAGCAAGUUCAUGUUUUGGAAAGAGAAGUAAAGUUUUCGAUUCUAUGAAUGUCACUUGCCUCUCUUUUUUAUUUAAAUUAUUAUUAAUUAUAAUAAUUAUUAUUAGAAAUCUAAGCCUAAGGGAAACGUGAGACCGAUGUGAUAAGCCCAGAGUGUUGUGUAUGUGUGUAAUUUUUGAGCCUUUGGCGGAAAAAGACAAUUUUCCUCUGAGGGUAAAUAUAUCAAUUUGGUUAAGAACUCGGUUUGGAUUUAAACAUUUAGAAAUAUGAAAAACAAGAUGAGAGAGAGAAAAAAAAGCUGUUAGUGUAACUGCCAGACUUUUUAAUUUUUUUUUUUUUUUUUUUUUUGUGUAUGUGUAACAAAGGUAUAAACGUAGUGUAAUGAUGUAGAUACAAAAAAUAUUUGGUCCUAUGUAGGUUUAAGGCUAAAAGGCUGCUCACCUCCCCCUCGCCUUCUCCCCCUCCCCCUCUUUCCUCUCUACCCCCUCCCCCUUAUUCUUCUCCUCCUUCCCUUCUCCCCCCCCCCCCUUCCCCCCAAUCGAGUGCCUGUCGGUAUGAUUCUCAAGAAAACACUUCAUGGCAGACAAGAAAAAAAGACAUUUAAACAAAAACAAAACAAAAAAAUACGAAUUAGCUGUAGAUGUAGUUAGUCUGCAUGUAUAAUUAUGUUGAACCUUGUGAUGAAAACUCGAUAAGGAUUAGUUAUUGGUCGUAGAAGUAAGAAUUAAUUCCUAAAACAACAGCAAAAACAGCAAAGGAAGGGUAAUGGAAGGAGACAUAAUAAGCAAUUUUUUUCCAUGUUGGGAAUGUCACCCUUAAGUGAAGACUACGAAAGGGAUCAUUUCGCCUGACACUAACUGAUCGUAGUGUGCACAAACGAAAUGUAAUUUUUAGCUUGUAUACAUGAUAUGAGGCAGAUAUCAAGGCCCAAUUUCUAUUUCCAAAUUGUGGGACAAAACAAAACUAAGAAAUAUAGUAGUAGUUAAAAGAUAAAGUAAGAUUUUUUUUUUGGUUUGUUUAUUUGUUUGCUUGUUUUGUCAAAGAAAACGGAAUGCGAGGCAAGGGAGGGUUUUAUAAGAGAUGGAAGGUGGGGGGGGUGAUGAAUGGAUAUCCCCCCUUGUCCCCCUCUCCAACCCCCUCCCCCCCAACUUAGGAUAGCGUCUCCAAAAGGUUCUCAAAAUGCUCAAUAUUUUUAUUUGUUUGUUUGGCCAAUUCCUUAUCUGAGACAGUUCUUUAGUAAGCUGUAGUUAACCCCCCUCUUAUCAUUGCUCAGUUUUGUACUUAAAAAGUUAAUGACGAUUUAAAAUGUUUAAAUAAAACAUGUUUAAAAAUAAGGAAAUCAGUAGACGGACAAAUAUAUGCCAAUAGUAGGAAGCGAACUCAAAAUCAAAACACACCUAAGGAUUUUUUUUUAAUCAUGGGUAUUUCAAACGCAAUUUGCCUUUUUUUGGUUUAAAUUACCUUCAUCUGUUUUGGUAACGACGUCACAUUCAGUACUGAUCAUGAUUAUUAUUCGUGUAUCUUUUGUUCUCAUACAAAUACCUCAUUGUGAAGACGCAAUAACACUUUGCAUUGUUCUCUUUUGUAAUUUAAGUUCAAUAAGCCAAUAUAUUUGUUUGUUUAUAUUCCCAGUCUCAGAUGAAAGUGAUUGACACCCCCACCCCCCCGUUUAAACCAUUAUGUUCUCUUAACUACCGAGAGACAAAAAAAAAUCAUAAAACCAA